GGUGUAUGACUUAUCAAAGAAAGGCACGCGCGGCGAAUGGGAAUGAAAAACUCUUGAGAAAACUGUGACACUAUAUAUUGAAGAAAUCCUUUAAAAUGAAGCUCACUGACAAUGUUGUUCGUAAUUAUAGAGUAGCAAAAAUAUUCAGGGAAAACACAGACCGCAUAAAUAGAAUAGAUUUUUCGUCAGACGGCAACACUUUGAUCUCUAGCAGUGAUGAUGACUCGAUAGUGAUCUAUGAUUGUCAAAAUGGAACACCAAAGAAAACAUUAAACAGCAAGAAGUAUGGGGUGGAUUUGAUCUGUUACACACACGCUGUCAACACAGCGCUCCAUGGCUCCACCAAAGUAGAUGAUACAAUAAGAUACCUUUCUUUACACGACAACAAGUACAUCAGAUAUUUUCCUGGACAUACCAAAAAAGUUGUGUCCCUUAAUAUGUCUCCAAUCAAUGACUCCUUCCUGUCUGGUUCUUUGGACAAGACCAUCAGACUGUGGGAUCUGAGGUCACAGAACUGUCAGGGUCUGAUGCAUUUGCCGGGUCGUCCAGUUGCUGCCUUUGAUCCCGAGGGCCUCAUUUUUGCAGCAGGGAUAAAUUCAGAAUGUGUCAAACUUUACGACCUUAGGUCAUUUGACAGGGGUCCGUUUACCACCUUUAAAUUGACACAGGACAAGGACUGUGAUUGGACGGGAAUGAAAUUCAGUCCGGACGGAAAACUUAUCCUUAUUUCCACCAAUGGACAAAUUCUGAGACUCAUUGAUGCCUUCCAAGGGACGCCACUCCAAACCUUCAUGGGGUUCCAGAACAACAAAGGCAUUCCAUUAGAGGCCUCCUUCAGUCCGGACUCCAGAUUCGCAUUCUGUGGGUCAACAGACGGACGAAUUCACUGCUGGAACACGGAAACGGGGGUCAAGGUGGCAGUGAUGAAUGCAGACCACCCCGGACCCAUCCAGUGUCUGCAGUUCAACCCCAAGUACAUGAUGCUAGCCUCCGCCUGUACCAACAUGGCUUUCUGGCUGCCCUACAUUGAUGACUGAUGAGAUAACGGAGGCAGUUUACAGUUAUAACACAAUUCGUGUGAUCUCCAUUAUUUCGGGGGAGACAUUUGUCACUAUUGCGGAGAAGAACAGCUGAAGAAGUUUGUUUAUCCCAGUGACUAGAAGAUUGGAAAGCAAGACAAUAUUUUUUAGCAAUUUUCUUAUUACAAAUGUUGUUUAACACAUCAUGUUUAGUUUAGAAAAUGUCAUUAAGGCAGCAAAUACAUUACUUUUCUUCAUUGAUAUCUCGUGUAUAUUCGUAACUUACGUACCUCUCGAUUUUCGGACUUUUAGAGUUGUAAUUUAUAUCAGCUCAUUUUCAAGAAAGUUCCGGAUUUUAGACAAUGUUUAUAGCUCAUAAUAUUUUUGUAGAAUAAAAAGAAGGGUGUCCACGAUAAAAAAUAAAGAAGGGCGUCCAUGAUAAAAAAUAAAGAAGAAUUGAAGCACUGUGCUAUUGAAUUAAAAAUAUUUUCUUGCAUUUUAUCAAAGUGUACAAAUUUUGCCAUUUACAAUUAUAGUCAAUAGGUUCCAGCAGUUUUGUGUGCUGUGAAUGAUUUUAAAAUGUAAAACUAUAAGAUUUUAUAAAGUGCUCGGGAGGAUUUUGAAGUUACUGGACUCAUUUAGUUUUCAACAGUAGAAUAUGUGUUGUAGUGAUUAAUCAUGGACAUUGUAUGUGGAACAUACGUUAAUGUUCUCUAAAUGUACAGGAUGUGUGUGUUUUAUUUGUUCAUAUUCUCUUCAUAGGAAUGACUGUGACGUAUAUAUGACAGAGAUUAAAAGUAUUUUUAUUUCAGAUACA